AUGACAAACCCUAAAUUUGGCAAAAGUUUUGAUGGGUAUCCAAGGUCAGCCCUUAAAGCAGGUCAACUUGUCAAAAUAGUUUCCAUCAGAAGGCGAAAGUUUGUCUCUUUUUCCAGAUCUCUUCAUUUGUCAUCCUCUUCUGCGUCUGUUUAUGAUUUGUUUUCAACUCUUGGCCGCAUUAGUUUCAGUUUCAGCAUGAAAAGAUCAGACUGUCUGAAAAUGUCAAGCCUUCUCCAGGAAUUCGAGGAAGAUGAACUGCUACAAAGCACAAUGAUCGCACACUCUUCCAUUAAUGGAAGUCCAAAUGCAAGUCAAACAUGUAAUGAAAUCUCCCCUUCUGCAACUAAGUCCUCAAAGAAGAAAAGAAACCUUUCUGCAGAUUCAGAUGUUGAGGUUGUGGCAUUGUCUCCGAGGACUCUAACCGCGACGAAUAGGUAUAUUUGCGAGGUUUGUCACAAAGGGUUCCAGAGAGAUCAGAAUCUUCAGCUCCACCGGAGAGGGCACAACUUGCCCUGGAAGCUGAAGCAAAGGCCAAGCACACAGACUAAAAGGAGGGUGUAUAUCUGUCCUGAGCCAAGUUGUGUGCAUCAUGACCCAAGUAAGGCUUUAGGAGACUUGACUGGCAUAAAGAAACACUUCUGCAGAAAGCAUGGAGAGAAGAAAUGGAAAUGCGAUAAGUGCUCGAAAUGUUACGCUGUUCAAUCAGACUGGAAGGCACACACAAAGAUCUGUGGAACCAGAGAACAUCGUUGCGGUUGUGGUACAAUCUUCUCAAGGUGA